UCUUCAUUACUUCUUUGUUCAUACAUUUUCAGUCUCAAACAAUUUUAACCUUUUUACCCUCCUUUGUCUAAGUUAUACUUUACUUUCUCUUCUGUUUGCUGCUUUUUUAUUUCCACUGUCCUAAAUAAUUCCUUUUUUUUACUUUACACUACUCUUUUUAUUGGUCUAUCACUUCUCUUUUCACUUGCCUCUUCUCUGUCUCUGUAAAUUCAGUUAAACUUAAUUGCUUACAGCAAGCUCCUCUCCCACUGUGUCACGCUGCUCGCCAUCAUGUGAUGGCACUGUGUGUGCCUGUUAUCAGGGCAAGCGAAUUGCUGCCUGGUGGAAGAGAGGCCUAUUCUCGCACAUGAACUAUCCCGGGAUUUGCUGUCUAUGUCUUGGAGAAUACGUGACCACGCCUGCUACUACUGGCUUUCAUUGUAAUGCAGAGAAUCCUGCUGUCUUUUGAGGACUAAAAACACAUUUGAUAAUGGCCGAAGAGGUUUUGAUUCCAUCACCAAAGAAAAUCACAUCGCACCUCACUGGCUCUUUGUUAGCAGUGGCAUUUCUUACAUCCUUUGGAAGCUCUAUGCUUUAUGGAUACAAUCUUGCUGUGGUCAACUCCCCUGCCAUUUACAUUAAGGACUUCUACAAUAAGACCGUUCUGAGUCGUAAUGGAACAGGACUCAGCGGGGAGACGCUAACUGUCAUGUACUCUCUCACUGUGUCUGUCUUUGCUGUCGGAGGUCUCAUCGGUUCGCUCGUUGUUGGCAUGCUGGUCACUCACUUUGGCAGAAAAGGUACAGUGGUAAACACUGCGGUGCUGGUGUUUAUUGCUGGUGCCUUGAUGGGCUUCAGUAGGAUUUGUGGUUCACCUGAGAUGGUCAUCAUUGGUCGCUUUAUAACUGGAAUCCACUCUGGUAUUUCUCUCAGUGUUGUACCCAUGUACCUUGGUGAAAUAGCACCAAAGAACUUGAGGGGAUUCUUGGGUCUCGUUCCCAGUAUUUUUAUUGGUACUGGAGUCUUUUCUGCUCAAAUCCUUGGUCUCCAUGAACUUCUUGGAAAGGAGGAGCACUGGCCACUUUUUUUGUCUGUGGUUGUGGUACCCACUUUCAUCCAGUUGAUACUGUUGCCGUGGUUUCCAGAGAGCCCUAGAUACCUGCUGAUUGAGAAGAACAACGUCCACGCCACAAUCACAGCUCUAAAAUGGUACAGAACCAGAUGUAACAUUCAGGCAGAGAUUGAAGAGAUGCAGGAGGAGCAGCGCUCCUUGUCUUCAGUGGAAACUCUGUCUGUCCUGAAACUGUUGCAGGAUGAGACGGUGCGUUGGCAGGUGCUAACGGUUGUGGUCAUCAACAUUGGCAUGCAGCUUUCUGGUAUUGAUGCUAUUUGGUUUUACACCAAUGACAUCUUUGAGAAUGCUGGUAUCCCUCCCCCUGAGAUACCAUACACCACAGCCGGAACAGGAAUCAUUGAAAUUAUUGCUGGACUCAUUGGGUGUUUCACCAUUGAGAAGCUGGGCAGGAGGUCUCUGAUGAUUGGAGGGUUUACAAUGAUGAGCAUCUGCAGCGCUGGAAUCACAUUAGCUCUUCUUCUAGAGACUCGUUUAUCAUUCAUGCGGUAUGUUAGUGUCUGCUGUGUGGUUGGCAUCAUCGCUGGUUUCUGUAUUGGUCCAGCUGGAGUUCCCUUCCUUGUCACGGCAGAACUUUUUAAACAGUCUCAUCGCCCAGCAGCAUACAUCAUUGGAGGGUCCCUGAACUGGCUGUCCAACUUUACCGUGGGCUUUGUCUUCCCCUUUUUACAGAUGUCUGCUGGGUCCUACUGCUACUUGGUUUUUGCCACCGUUUGUGCGUCUGUGGCCGUCUAUGUAUAUGUUGUGAUCCCAGAAACCAAAAACAAGACGUUCAUGGAGAUCAGCCAGAUGUUUUCUAAAAGGGAGGCUGCUCUGGAGACGCAGUGUCUAACUCACAGUGACCAUCUAAAGCUGCAGAAGAUGAAUGGCUAUGGCGUAAUGGAACAUACCUCUCUGGAGUUUGACAGCUCCUCCUCUAUUCUCUAGCAGAGAUGUCAUUUUUGAGGCUUUUAAUUCCCAAAUAAAUACUACAAUACAGCAUCAGACUUAAGCUGAAUGAAGUUAGACUUCCAACUUCAGCUAAACUCAAAAAAGUUACUUUGUAAAAUUGUCAUUUAAAAAAAAAAGUCAAAUAACAAGUAAUAAUACCAUUAUUGUGAAAAAAAGGGCCCCUCAUAACACCUUUGAUCAAAUUUCAUCUUUCCAGAAUGUUGUUUAUUUCAUUAUAACUGACUGGCUUUCCAAAAAAGGACAUUGUGUUGAUCCAUUUGUACAAGCGGCACAAAGUAAAAUCACUGUCAUCAUUUAUUUUUCAUUACUCUGAACUACUUACCUGAAAUAAAUAUUUACAAUUAACUGUGUAUUGUAUAAUUUUCUUUAAGAGGUUUGACAUGAAAAUAGGUUUGAUUCCGACAAAUUCUCCUGACCCGCUUUUAGUGGAAGGGGUGUGGCCUAACAGUUUACUCUUGAGUGGUAAGAGUGGUUGCAAUAGAAAAGUUGUCUCGUACUGAUUCAGCCAAUCACUGCUUACUGACGUUGGCUCCAACCUGGUGCCGUCUGUAUAGCAAAAAAUGGUGACUGUACUGACUUUAUUUGGUUGGAGCCAGAAAUAAACCAUUUCAGGGUGAUGUCACCCUCACUUUGUCCCGUUCUCUGAUACAGUCAAUGGUUUCUUCACUCAUUGUUCCAUUCUAUUUGCACUUCCUGGAAUAAAGGUCUAAGAGUCCUUUAA